AUGGCAGCAAUAUUGUUCUCCUGCCUAUUGCUGGGCAGUUCGGCCUGGGGAAAUGUCAAUCACCAGAACAGCACAUACACCAACCCAAUUCUACCCGGCUUUCAUCCCGACCCCAGUUGUAUAUUUGUUCCAUCGUGGGACAAUACCUACUUCUGUGCGUCGAGCAGCUUUAAUGUCUUUCCUGGGAUACCCAUUCACGCCUCCAAGGACUUGCGGAAUUGGAAACUGAUUGGAAAUGCUAUCUCCAGGCCGGAGAUGCUGCCCAAGUUGGCAACCACAAUCAAGGAUACAAGUGGCGUAUGGGCGCCGACACUUAGAUACCAUGAUGAAAGCAGCGACAGUAAUAUGAACAGAAGCGAUCAUGGCAAAGGUAGAUUUUGGAUCAGUACAACGCUUGUGUUUGAUGAUUUAGCUGCCGACAAUGAAUCCCGUUGGGAUAAUUUUGUCAUAAGCACCGAUGACCCGUUCAAAUCAGAUAGCUGGACGGAUCCCGUGCAUUUCGACUUUGGUGGCUACGAUACCUCGUUAUUUUGGGAUGAUGAUGAACAGGUCUAUGUAACCGGAAGCCAUGAAUAUAAAGUCUGGCCUGGGGUACAAACUGCCACGAUUAAUCUGCAGACAGGCGAAACAGGAACUUGGUUGAAUCCCUGGAAUGGCACGGGAGGCCUAGCACCAGAGGGCCCACAUCUAUAUAAGAAAGACGAUUAUUACUACCUACUGCUCGCAGAAGGUGGCACAGGAGAAGGACAUAUGGUCACCAUGGCGCGGUCGAGGAAUAUCAACGGACCUUAUGAGCCCGCGCCCCAUAAUCCUGUACUCACAAACGCCAACACAACUGCUUUCUUCCAAGCCGUGGGCCACGCCGAUCUGUUCCAGGAUGUGCAUGGUAGCUGGUGGGCAGUCGCCUUAUCAACGCGCUCUGGACCUGAUUCUAAAAAUUAUCCGAUGGGAAGAGAGACGGUGCUAACCCCCGUUACUUGGGAAAAGGCCGAGUGGCCAAUCUUUCAAAGUGUUAGCGGGAUCAUCAACGGAUGGGGACUUCCUUCAGACCCAGUCCUUGUCUCUGACGGUGAAGGCCCUUAUGUCGAUAACCCUGAUCAUCUUACCUUCCCGCCGAACUCUACGUUGCCAUUGCAUCUGAUACAUUGGCGACUACCAACACCCGAUACCUACCUCGUAUCACCGCCAGGAUCUGAGAAUUCCCUGGUACUUCGUUCCUCAGUACUCAAUCUAACCUCUACCGAUGGACUAUCCACAGGCGGUCAGGGCCAGACUUUUAUUGGCCGACGACAAACUGACAGUCUUUUCACGUAUCAAGUAGACAUCAACGCUGCCAAUCUGCGAGCCCAUGAAGACGAAGUGGGCGUCAGCGUAUUUCUGACAGAAGCCUACCAUUUCGAUCUGGGUAUCGUCCUUCUUCCACAAGCAAACAAUACUGACACGUUUACUGAGUUGGCACCCUUUUUCCGUUUUCGUGGAAUGUCAGGCUAUUCUCUCCCAGAGACUGUGUUCCCAUUCCCACCGGAUAUGUCUAUCGAUACACCGAUCACGCUGGAAGUCAAAGCGUUUAACUGGACACACUACUCAUUUGCCGCGGGUCCGGGCGAGGCGAGGCAUCUCAUGCAGACAUACGGGGUCGCGCGUGGAGAGCAGUUAAGUGCAGGCUUUACGGGGACCUUACUUGGACCUUAUGCCACGACGAAUGGUAGGGAGGGAAGUGUGAACGGGGAUUUUGAGGUGGCGGUUGGUAACUGGACGUAUUUACCACAAGGGCAGAUUAUCAAUUAG